ACUCCUAUUAGAUACUUAAUUAGCUUAAUCACGUUUAUAGUUUACUAAAAAUAUGAUAAAAACUGCAGCUUGAAGAAACCAACAACUUUUUGUAUCCUUUGUAAUUACUCUCUACGCUUUCAAAAACUCUUUACACGUUCAAACUUUCUAAAUUUGCUAAAUAUCUCUAUCUCUACAUGCACUUUCCCGACGAGACGAAAUGUGUAAUCUCCUGUCUCUGUUAUUGCUCCUCUUCUCCUUCACAAUAGUUGCAGCUCAAACAUCUAACAAUGCAACCACUAAAUGGCUCACACUAAACGGAGAUGCACCAUUAGUCGUAGCCCGUGGUGGAUUUUCUGGACUGUUUCUUGAUUCAAGUUAUGAUGCCUAUAUGGCGGCAGUGAAUACUAGCUUGUUCAAUGUGAUUAUUUGGUGUGAUGUUCAGCUCACAAAAGAUGCGGUCGGCAUCUGUUUUCCUGACUUGAAUCUUGCCAAUGCUUCUGACAUUGAUGUUUACUUAGUGAAAAAGGAUAUUUAUAUGGACUCAUAUUGGUCUGUAGCUUUCUAUUUCAAUGAUCUGGGGCCUGUCAGCUUGAGGCAAGGGAUUUCUAGACGAACUACAAGAUUUGAUGGAAGACAGCAGAAAAUUCUUAUGGUCCAGGAUGUGCAAAGACGACUCCAACCUCUAGGAUUAUGGUUGAACAUCCAGAAUGACACCUUCUUCAGACAGCAUCAUCGGAAUAUGAGUAAUUUUAUUAUAUCCCUGUCCAGGGAUCUUCUCGUCAACUAUAUUUCAUCACCUGAGGUGAAUUUCCUCAGAAGUAUUGUGCCAAAAUUCGAUCCACGAGUUACAAAACUCGUUUUCCAGUUUCUCGGACAGGAUGAUGUUGAGCCUUCAACAAAUCAAACAUAUGGUUCCUUAUUGAAGAACCUCGGAUUUAUCAAAGCCUUUGCCUCUGAAAUUCUUGUUCCCAAAUCUUAUAUCUGGCCAGUGGACAACUCAUUCUACUUACAACCACAUACGUCGCUAGUCUUAGAUGCUCAUAAAGAAGGUCUUCAGAUUUUUGCAUCGGAAUUCGCAAAUGAUGUACAUUUUGCUUACAAUUACAGCUAUGAUCCCGUAGCUGAGUAUUUGUCCUUUGUUGACAAUGGCAACUUCUCUGUGGAUGGAGUACUGUCUGACUUCCCAGUAACUCCAUCGGCGACAAUAGAUUGCUUCACUCAUUUGGAUAAGAAUGAUAAACCUCAAGCAAAGAUUCUGAUUAUCACAUCUGAAGGAGCAAGUGGAGACUACCCGGGUUGCACCAACUUGGCAUAUACAAAGGCUGCUAUGGAUGGUGCAGAUGUUCUCGACUGUCCUGUUCAAAUGACAAAGGAUGGAAUACCCUUCUGCCUGGGUUCUAUCAAUUUGAUUGAUAAGACUACGAUUUUUGAAUCGUCAUUCGGCAAUAUUGUUGAUAGUGUCCCAGAGCUUAACAUAAGUCUUGGAAUAGUCACCGUUAAGCUUACUUGGGAUGAGAUUAAGAGCCUGAAACCGGUAAUAUCAAACCCAUGGUCAGAGGUUGGAUUGGACCGAAAUCCAAAAGCUAGUAAUGAAGGAAACUUUGUGUCGUUGGUGGAUUUCUUGUCAUAUGCAACAAAUGCCAUGACCGUAUCCGGUGUCAUGAUCAGCAUAGAGAAUGCAGCUUACCUGGCAAAUCAGGGAUUUGGUGUAAUUGCUGCUGUUCUUGAAGCCUUAAGGAGUUUUGGUUACCAUAAUCAGACAGCAAAGAAAGUUAUGAUCCAAUCAAAAGACAGUUCAGUUCUGAAAGAAUUUAAGAAAAGCAGCUACGAACUUGUUUAUAGGAUUGCUGAUGAUAUCAGGGAUAUUGAGAGCUCAAAUAUAUCUGAGAUCAAGAGCUUUGCUACUUCUAUAGUAUUAACCAAGAAAUCUGUUUUUCCAAGUGAGGAGGAGUUUCUCGUUGGGAAAACAGAUGUGGUGCAGAAGCUGCAGUCAUCAAAUCUGCCAGUGUACGUUCAAGGCUUUAACAAUGAGUAUGCAUCUCAAGUGUGGGAUUUUUUUGCAGAUUCAUCUGUAGAGAUAAACAGCUAUGUUGCUGGAGCAGGAAUUGAUGGUGUUAUAACAGAUUUCCCUGGCACAGCUGCUAGAUACAGAAGGAGCCAUUGUUUGGGUUACAAAGACCGACCACCGUAUCUUAGCCCCAUUGAACCUGGAGGUCUUCUACAAUUCAUGCCUCCUCAGUAUUCGCCAGCUCUACCUCCUAUUGCAAACAUAGCCCCUACUGCGUGCAAUGAGUCUACAGCUAAUGCUGCUCCCACCUAUCCAAUCGGUCAAUCCUCAGUUUUGAUUGGCAUUUUGAGAUGCUGCCUCGCCAUUCUUCUUGCUGAUCUUCUGAUUUUUUGAUCUCAGUUAGACUUGUCAAAUGUGUCAUAGAGAUGAUGUAUGGACAGAUAUGUGAUUAUAUUGGAAGGAAUAGAAUCAGAAAGUUGAAUUAUUGUAUUUACCAUCUCAGUACAAGUGUCUUUCAUAAUUGUAGUUGCUACUCUAUUGUUGUAUGUUUGAUGAUGGAGUCAUGGAGUCAGCUACUCAUUUUUUCGUUGAUUGAUCUUGGAGGAUAGCAGUUUGGGAUGAACUCAGUCGCUGGUUGGGGCAUAGUCUUGGGCAGAAAGAGUUGGUUGCUGCAGCAUUUGGAGCUUGUAUAUACUAUGCGUGGAUCACCAGGAACGACAAAAUCUUUAAACAACACAAUGUACAGGUAGAUACUACAGUUCAACAAAUCAAAAAUGAUAUCAAAGAAAUAGUUGAAGCAUUUAGCAGUACAAAAUGGGCAAGGAGAUGCAAGGGAUUUAUACAGAGAAUUUGUACUUAGUUUCUGCUAUUUUCUGUUUUGUAGGAGUACUGUAGAAAAUAAAAUAAACUUUAAACAUUAAUCCACUAAUCUCCUCCAUCGUUGAUUUC